CUCUCUCUUGCGCUCUCUCUCUCACACUCUCUCUAUCUCUUUCUCUCUCACUCUCGCUCUCACUCUCUCGCUCUCUCUAUCGCUCUCCCUCCCCCUCUCCCUUUCUCUUUUUCUUCCUCUCUUUUGGAUUCUGUGUGUAUGUCAUGGUUACACCUGGCCAUCAGAACAUGAAAUGAACAGCUACCUGCUGUUCUUCAGUAGAGGUCAUGUGAGAGCAUCAGUCUGAGGGGUGAGAGAGGUGAGAGAGGUGAGUACCCGGGUCGACAACUUCCUCAUCUUUCACAGAACUCUGCUUCUCCCUUUUGCUAGUAUCACAGCCGCUAGCCUGCUAGCACAUUAGCCUCCACCUCAGACCUCUACCUACUGCUUGCAAAAUGACUAGUAUUUUGCUAGCAACAUCACCGCUAGCCUGUUAGCCUGCUAGCACGUUAGCUUUCUUCUUAGAUCACACAACAUAGCAGUGCUAGGCUAUAGGAGUACUGGACUACUGUACAGUGUUUGCAAAACUGUUGGAAAUGAGCUUUCCAUGACAAUAACGUUCUGAUUUGCAUUCUCAGUGGGAUGUAGCAUAAUUACCUCGGAACUCUCUUGCCAAAAUGGAGCCCAUUCAAACUCUAAAUCUCAAAUCUAGUUGAGCUAAAUCUGUAUCUAUAGCUCUGCAGGGAGAAGCUAGAACUUUGAGCUGUAGAGAGGAUAGGAUCACACAGACAGACUCCCUCUCUCUCUGAGUUUCUCUGAAUCUCUAGGCAUGUCUGUCUGCAUCCCAAAUGGCACCUUAUUCCAUGGGCCCUGGUCAAAAGAAGUGUGCUAUAUAGGGUAUAGGGGGCAAUUUGGGAUGCACACUAUGCGUCUCUGACCUAUUUUCUCCUACUAGCUCCAGCCAACAGAUCCUCAUUUAUCUCUGCCCACACUUCCAUCCUACUUAUCUCCCCUGCAGCUGAAGGUCUGGGGGUUUCCGGGGGUUUUGUAUUCCGUCUAAAAGUACGUUUAAUCCCUUCAUUAGCCUGGGAACGGUUGGCCACCCCUGUCAUGUGAGCAGGCUCUUUGUGUCCCCUCUGUAGGUAUAGAGAUGGACUGCUUCCCAAAUGGCACCCUAUCCCCUAUAUAGUGCAAUAGUUUUGAGCAGGGCCCGCAGGGUGUAGUAGUGCACUAUAUAUGGAAUAGGGUGACAUUUGGGACACAUGGUUUAUGUCUAGAACUGUUGAAAUGGACUUAAGAGAGGUGCUGGAGUUUCUCCCAGGAGGUCACAGUGCCUCCAGGAAGGCCUGUUAGGUUCACUGAAUAUCAACUAGCUAGAUGGAGAAAUAUCAUCAGGAAUACAGCAAUAUCAACUAGCUAGAUAGAGAAAUAUCACCAGGAAUACAGCAAUAUCGACUAGCUAGAUGGAGAAAUAUCACCAGGAAUACAGCAAUAUCAACUAGCUACAUAGAGAAAUAUCACCAGGAAUACAGCAAUAUCAACUAGCUAGAUGGAGAAAAACUUCUGGAUGGUAACUUUAUUGCAAGAGCAAUGCAAGGUGUAAACCCAUGUUGCAACGUCAGAGUAAUGUCUCUGUGAGUGGAUUCUUACACUUUGCCUUAACACAGAUAGAAGAUCAGAGGAAGCCUACACAGGCACACUGCAUCAGUAGUCCUAGGUCAGAUCCUUCAAACACACACACACAUAUAACCUAAUUAGCUAGGGCAGUAGUUCCAUUAGUAGUUCCAUGAAGAGCCUAGUCAGUCUGUCACAUGUGAUCAGGGAACGGGCCUUCUCUCUGCCACCGUGGCAAGACUCAUUAUUACACACUACAACUAUACACACACACGCUAUCAAAUACACACACCACCAUUUACACAUAUAAUACCAUCGCCACACACAGGGAGACACACACUCUCACAUAAAUAAAUACACACACACAAACCACAAUUUAAUGAUAACCCACAGAAGAAAUCUAAAAGCUGUGUUUUUGGUUUUACAUAAAAAUUAGAGUGAAAGGCCAACAGAGAGAGAGAAAGAAAGUGAGCAAACCAAUAGAGGGAAUAAGAGUGAGAGAGAGAAUGGAGAGAGAGCACGCGAGAGAGAGAAAGAGAGGGCGAGGGAGACAGAGAAAGCGAGGGCGAGGGAGACAGAGAAAGGCUCAUUUGAUUAGGAGAAAUGUGGGAUCAGAGCUACCCUUCUGUGUUACUGUUACAGCCGUAGAGUUCAGUUAGCCUUCCCUUUCCUGACUGGACUGUAGCUAGAGGCUAUGGCUUCUGCACUCACUAGGACUUGACUGUAAAAUCACCCAGUAUUUAUGUUUGUUGUUCCUCUAUGUUAUUCUGCUGGCUAUAUGUUAUUCUACUGGCUAUAUAUUAUUAUACUGGGUAUAUGUUAUUCUGCUGGGUAUAUGUUAUUCUGCUGGGUAUAUGUUAUUAUACUGGCUAUAUGUUAUUAUACUGGCUAUAUGUUAUUCUGCUGGGUAUAUGUUAUUCUGCUGGGUAUAUGUUAUUAUACUGGGUAUAUGUUAUUAUACUGGCUAUAUGUUAUUAUACUGGCUAUAUGUUAUUAUACUGACUAUAUGUUAUUAUACUGGGUAUAUGUUAUUCUGCUGGGUAUAUGUUAUUAUACUGGCUAUAUGUUAUUCUACUGGCUAUAUGUUAUUAUACUGGGUAUAUGUUAUUAUACUGGGUAUAUGUUAUUAUACUGGCUAUACGUUAUUAUACUGGCUAUAUGUUAUUCUGCUGGGUAUAUGUUAUUCUACUGGGUAUAUGUUAUUCUACUGGGUAUAUGUUAUUAUACUGGGUAUAUGUUAUUCUACUGGGUAUAUGUUAUUAUACUGGGUAUAUGUUAUUAUACUGGGUAUAUGUUAUUAUACUGGGUAUAUGUUAUUCUACUGGGUAUAUGUUAUUCUACUGGGUAUAUGUUAUUAUACUGGGUAUAUGUUAUUCUACUGGGUAUAUGUUAUUAUACUGGGUAUAUGUUAUUAUACUGGGUAUAUGUUAUUCUACUGGGUAUAUGUUAUUCUACUGGCUAUAUGCUAUUCUACUGGCUAUAUGUUAUUAUACUGGGUAUAUGUUAUUCUGCUGGGUAUAUGUUAUUAUACUGGCUAUAUGUUAUUAUACUGGCUAUAUGUUAUUAUACUGGCUAUAUGUUAUUAUACUGGCUAUAUGUUAUUAUACAGGCUAUAUGUUAUUAUACUGGGUAUAUGUUAUUCUACUGGGUAUAUGUUAUUCUACUGGGUAUAUGUUAUUAUACUGGGUAUAUGUUAUUAUACUGGGUAUAUGUUAUUAUACUGGGUAUAUGUUAUUAUACUGGGUAUAUGUUAUUAUACUGGGUAUAUGUUAUUCUACUGGGUAUAUGUUAUUAUACUGACUAUAUGUUAUUAUACUGGCUAUAUGUUAUUCUACUAGGUAUAUGUUAUCAUACUGGCUAUAUGUUAUUCUACUGGGUAUAUGUUAUCAUACAGGCUAUAUGUUAUUAUACUGUGUAUAUGUUACUCUACUGGGUAUAUGUUAUUAUACUGACUAUAUGUUAUUCUACUGGGUAUAUGUUAUUAUACUGGGUAUAUGUUAUUAUACUGGCUAUAUGUUAUUCUACUGGGUAUAUGUUUGUGUCUUGGGGUUUUCUGUACUGUGUUUUAUUAAUGGACAUGACAGUCUAAAACUACAGGAAGAUUUACUACAGUGGAUCACUGAUCUACUGUCAUUAUGUUAUCACUCACAGCUGGGUGUAAAUACUCUGCCUUAACACACACACACACACACACACACACACACACACACACACACACACACACACACACACACACACACACACACACACACACACACACACACACACACACACACACACACACACACACACACACACACACACACACACACACACACACACACUGUGGUCCUUGAGUUGACAUUAAUCACAAUCCAGUUCUGCAGCCUGACUGAUGUCUGUGAGAUCGAUACAAAGUCUACCUUACUGACAUGUAUUAACCUGCUCUACACCCUGCAAGGUCCCAGAGAGAGAUGAAGGGACAGAUGAAGAGAGAGAUGAAGAGACAGAGACAGAUGGAGAGAGAGAGAGACAGAUAGAGAGAGAGAGAGACAGAUGGAGAGAGAGAGAGAGAGAGAGAGAGAGAGAGAGAGAGAGAGAGAGAGAGAGAGAGAGAUAUAUGUAUACUUUGACAAUGUAAGUAAUAAUGAACUUGCCAUGUCAAUUAAGUAAAUUGAAUUGAAUUGAAUUGAAUUGAAAUAAAGAAAGAGAGAGGGAGAGAGAGAGAGAGAGAGACAGAGAGAGAGAUGGAGAGAGAGAGAAAUAAAGAAAGAGAGAGGGAGAGGGAGAGAGAGAGACAGAGAGAUGGAGAGAGAGAGAAAGACAGAGAGAGAAAUAAAGAAAGCGAGAGGGAGAGAGACAGAGAGAUGGAGUGAGAGAGAGAAAGACAGAGAGAGAAAUAAAGAAAGAGAGGGAGAGAGAGAGAGAGAGAGACAGAAAGAUGGAGAGAGAGAGAGAAAGACAGAGAGAGAAAGAAAGAAAGAAAGAAAGAAAGAAAGAAAGAGGGAGGGAGAGAGAGAAAGAGAGAGAGAGAGAAAGAAAGAGAGAGAGAGAAAGAGAGAGAGAUGGAGAUAGAGAAAGAGAGAGAUAGAGAACAAGAGAGUGUUGCAUGUGUUGAGCCCAAUGAUCAGUGAGACUAACACACACUGUGAGUCUGCUGUUUACUGAACACAUGAAUUAUAGGAACUGACUGCGGCAGCCUUGGUGAGACUUCAGAACCUUAAUCUACAGGACAAAUAAACGUCAAGCAGGUUUCAUCUUGACUGGUUUGCUGUUAUGCCACGCUGUGGACCAAGGCUGGUGUUAUGACUCAGAUGACCUGUCUCACACACACACACACACACAUGACUUAGAGAGAUACAUGCCUCCACAAGCUCUGAUAAUAAUCGCUCCCGCCUGAAAGGACUGUAAGUGUUUUCCCCUCCUACUUACAAUGCAGGUUAGUGUUCUUCUUCAUGCAUCUUGUUCUGGAGGCAGCUCAGAAAGUGGUCACUAGCUCGCACAGCCACAAACUAAUCUUAACCCUAACCUUAACCACACUGCUAACCCUAAGGCCUAACCCUUACCAGAAAUGAAGACCAAUUUUUUCAUGAAUUUUAACAAUAACUAAUUUUGAUGUUGCAGCUGGCCUAUCUAAGUGGAAAUGGCUCAGUUCUGCCUCCAGAACAAGACUCAUGACAAUAAACGUCAACCUGCACAAUACCAGGCACAUAGAGAUCUCAGUACCAGGCACAUGGAGAUCUCAGUACCAGGCACAUAGAGAUCUCAGUACCAGGCACAUAGAGAUCUCAGUACCAGGCACAUAGAGAACUCAGUACCAGGCACAUAGAGAACUCAGUACCAGGCACAUAGAGAUCUCAGUACCAGGCACAUAGAGAUCUCAGUACCAGGCACAUAGAGAUCUCAGUACCAGGCACAUAGAGAACUCAGUACCAGGCACAUAGAGAUCUCAGUACCAGGCACAUAGAGAUCUCAGUACCAGGCACAUAGAGAUCUCAGUACCAGGCACAUAGAGAUCUCAGUACCAGGCACAUAGAGAUCUCAGUACGGGAUGUCAUAACACCUGGCCAUCCAAUCAUCUGACAGCAGUCAGGAGUUCAGUCCCACUAUGAGUUCCAUAGAAGAGGAACUACACUAACUACAGUAGAACGACAGUACAUCUGAGUGACUCCAGUAGCUUCUGUAAAGGACUGAACUGAGAGUUUUAAUAUGGUAGUAAACUACUGUCUCAUUACCACUGAUGGCUCAGUCUCUCUCCUCUCAGUGUGUGUGUGUGUGUUGUACAGUUCUGCCUGCCUGGCUGCUUGCUAAAGCAGAGUCAUUACUAUGAAAGAGACCCUCCUGUCCCUUUGUGCCGGGGCGUAAUUGUGGUUGUCACCGCAGCAACCAUUACGUCUCGAUAAGGAACUGCAGAGCGCUACAGGCUGGCUACACUACCAUGACGAUAGAUCCCACAGUCUACAAGUUGCUACAAGUUCCUGUUAAUCUAGCAAAGGUGGUUCGGUGUGUUCUUACCUGAGAUCUGAAGAAUCCAAUAAGCUCCCCAGGCUAAUUCCUACAGAUGUGAGCUUUAGUUCAGUGGGCUAACACUGUCUUCAGUUGCACAGAACACCUGUGUUUCAGAAGUGAUGUGCCCAUACUGGAUGACUUGUUAAGUCUUUAUCACACUUCAUUAAAUCAGGAUAGUGCUCUCAGAACCAGUUUCUCAGGAAGGGAUCCAGAGGGAGAGCACACAUCCAGGGUGCAUCUGGUUUGGUUUAUAAUGAAGCCUUGGCCUCAGGGGGAAGGCCCAUCUCUCUAACCCUGCCUGCCAGUUACUAAUAAGAGGGUCCAUCUUUGGCUGCGUCCCAAAUGGCACGCUACUACAUAUACUGUAUAGUGCACUCCUUUAUAGUGCAGCCCUCUAGGCCCUGGUAGAAAGUAGUGGACUAACUGUGAAUAGGGAACAUGGUGCCAUUUGGGGAGCAUCCUCUAACUCUGCCAGUGAACCAGAUGAGAGUCUGGCACUAAAAUGUUGUAAUCAGUAUUGUCCGGCUUUCUUCAUUAUACAACCACAAAUCAAACCCUAACUGUGUGUGUGCCAGUACAUGUACGUCGUUUAGCAGACACUCUUAUCCUCAACGACUUACAGGAACAAUUAGGGUUAAGGGUCUUGCUCAAGGGCACAUCUACAGAUUUUCAAACUACUGUAGUAGGCUCUGGGAUUCAAACCAGCAACCUUUUGGUUACUGGGCCAACGCUCUUUUGCCAUUGUGGGUGUUUGUGCCAGUGUGGGUGUUUGUGCCAGUGUGGGUGUUUGUGCCAGUGUGUGUGUUUGUGCCAGUGUGUGUGUUUGUGCCAGUGUGUGUGUUUGUGCCAUUGUGGGUGUUUGUGCCAGUGUGGGUGUUUGUGCCAGUGUGGGUGUUUGUGCCAGUGUGGGUGUUUGUGCCAGUGUGGGUGUUUGUGCCAGUGUGGGUGUGGGUGUUUGUGCCAGUGUGGGUGUUUGUGCCAGUGUGGGUGUGGGUGUUUGUGCCAGUGUGGGUGUUUGUGCCAGUGUGGGUGUUUGUGCCCGUUUGGGUGUGUGUAUCUACGUAGCCCCCAGUGAUAGCGACAUCCGACCUGUGCUGUGACCUGCCCCUCUAUCUCUCUCUC